AUGAAGUUGACAGUUUUUAUUUUAUUGGUUGUUAUUGUUUCGCUGGUUUCUGCUGCUCCAAAUGGAAGACGGAGAAGCUCUAGAAUUACUACGGAAAGCUUGAUAGAAAAACAUGGCUACCCUUUUGAGGAACACACCGUUCAAACUUCCGAUGGUUAUGUCCUAACAAUGCACCGAAUUCCUUACUCCAGUCAAGUUGAAUCAUCCGAAGAUGGACCAAGACCAGUAGCCUUCCUUAUGCACGGAAUUUUGUGCUCCUCAAGUGAUUGGGUUAUUCUUGGACCUGGAAACGGUCUAGCUUAUCUACUCUCUGACGCUGGUUAUGAUGUAUGGCUAGGAAAUGCUCGUGGAAAUACAUAUUCGCGAGAGCACGUCUCACUGAAUCCAUUCUUUAAAAGUUUCUGGAACUUUGAUUGGCAUGAAAUCGGCUUGUAUGAUCUGCCAGCCAUGAUUGACUACAUUCGAUACUAUACAGAUGAAGAUCAAGUCACUUAUUUUGGCCACUCUCAAGGAACUACCACUUUUUUGUUAUUAAACUCACUGAAUGAGCGUUUCAGCAGCCGAAUUCGGUCAGCUCAUUUGCUAGCUCCAGUAGCAUUUAUGGAAAACAUGGAAUCUCCAAUGAUGGGUUUGACCUCGUUAAUGUUGGGUGGAGUUAGCAAGAUACCAGAACUUUUUGGUAAUUUAGAAUUUUUGCCAAGUAAUGAAGUUAUGAGUAUUUUGGGCCAAAAAUCUUGUUCCGAUUCGUCACCAAUUCAAGGAAUUUGUACGAAUGUACUCUUUUUGAUAGCCGGACAUGAUUCUGAAAAUCUAAAUACUACCAUGUUACCAGAAAUAUUGGCAACAACACCAGCAGGAUGUUCAAUUAAUCAAGGUUUCCACUAUCUCCAAGAAUUCAGUUCUGGUGAAUUCCGUCAAUUUGACUAUGGAAUGGUUCGCAAUAAGCUGACUUAUGGCAAAAAGAGUCCACCAAAUUAUCCACUUGAGAAAAUUAAUGUACCCAUUUAUUUGUACUACAGUGACAAUGAUUACAUGGCUUCAGUUGUGGAUGUUCAUCGAUUGAUAAGGGCAUUGCCAGAUUCGACAGUGAAGCGUGCCUAUCGAGUGCCACACGACAAGUGGAAUCAUUUGGAUUUCUUGUGGGGAUUGAAUAUCAGAGAACAAGUUUAUGAUGCAGUUAUGGAAGACGUAGAAAUAGCUAGACAGGAAUCAAUGUGGGCCAAAUGAUUACAUGGUUUGAUAAGAGAGCUGAUAGAUGGGUAAAAAAACACGUGUAGUAAUGUGAUAUGACAGCGAGCGAUAAGUUUUAAUCAUUUAAAAACACGCCUCCAUGUAAGGUUAAGUUAAUUUGUGUUAACAAUGUUUUGUAAACAUUGCCAUCAAUGAUAUUUUUGUUUUUGGAUAGAUUAAGAAUGUACUAGAUUAACUGUAAAUUGUUAUAAAC